CAGUAAAGUUCUGAUUUAGCUGAGAGAGAGAGAGAGAGAGAGACGCUUGGCCUUAAUUUCACCUCUCGAGAAUGGCCGUGUCCGCGGCCGCGGCCGCAAAGCCUCGUCCCACGGUUCACAGACUGGGAUCCAUCUAUGAACCUCUCAAGCUGUCCAACCUCCAGCGGGAGGACGAGCCUCUGUGGGAGAAGCUGGACCGCUACUACAACGCUGUCAAGACGACCAUCCUGAACUACCAGAGUCCGACCACCGGCCUGUUCCCGGUGAAAACCUACGCCGACUGCAAGGAGGCCAAGGUCCGGGACUCCCUGUACUGUGCAGCCGGUGCUUGGGCUCUGGCUCUGGCCUACCGGCGCGUGGACGAUGACCUGGGCCGGACUCACGAGCUGGAGCACUCCACCAUCAAGUGUAUGAGAGGGAUCCUGUACUGCUACAUGAGGCAGGCGGACAAGGUGGAGCAGUUUAAGAAGGACCCCAGCCCGUCCAAGUGUCUGCACUCCAUGUUCAACGUGGACACCGGGGAUGAGAUCUGCUCCUACAACGAUUACCACCACCUGCAGAUCGAUGCCGUGUCUCUGUUUCUGCUGUACCUGGUGGAGAUGAUCUGCUCCGGCCUGCAGAUCAUCUACAACACCGACGAGGUGUCCUUCAUCCAGAACCUGGUGUUCUGCGUGGAACGGGCCUACAGGGUGCCCGACUUCGGCAUGUGGGAGCGAGGCAGCAAGUACAACAACGGCAGCACGGAGCUGCACUCCAGCUCCGUGGGUCUCGCCAAAGCCGCCCUGGAGGCCAUCAACGGAUUCAACCUGUUUGGAAACCAGGGCUGCUCCUGGUCGGUGAUAUUCGUGGAUCUGGACGCCCACAACAGGAACCGGCAGACGCUCUGCUCUCUGCUGCCCCGAGAGUCCCGCUCUCACAACACGGACGCGGCGCUGCUCCCCACCAUCAGCUACCCCGCCUUCGCCGUGGACGACGACGCCCUCUACUCUCAGACGCUCGACAAGAUCGUCCGCAAGCUGCGGGGCAAGUACGGCUUCAAGCGCUACCUCCGCGACGGCUACCGCACGGCCAACGAGGACAAGAACCGGCAGUUCUACAAGCCCGCUGAGAUGAAGCUCUUCGACGGCAUCGAGUGCGAGUUUCCCCUGUUCUUCAUCUACAUGAUGAUUGAUGGCGUGUUCAGAGGAAAUAAGGCCCAGGUGAAGGAAUACCAGGACCUGCUGGAGCCCAUCAUCUUCCAGUCAUUUGAGGGCCACGCUGUGAUUCCCAAGUACUACCACGUCCCGGCCGACUUCGUGGAGGCGGAGCAGAGCAAGCACGGCAGCCAGAAGCGUUUCCCUAGCAACUCGGGCCGCGACGGGAAGAUGUUCCUGUGGGGUCAGGCCCUGUUCACCAUCGCCAAGCUGCUGGUGGACGAGCUGAUCAGCCCUAAAGACAUCGAUCCCGUCCACCGCUACGUCCCCCGGCAGGACCAGAGAAACGUCAGCAUGCGCUACUCCAACCAGGGUCCCAUCGAGAAUGAUGUGGUGAUCCACGUGUCGCUGAUAGCUGAGAGUCAAAGGCUGCAGGUGUUCCUGAACACCUACGGGAUUCACACCCAGACGCCCCAGCAGGUCGAGCCCAUCCAGAUCUGGCCCCAGAAGGAGCUCGUCAAGGCGUACCGUUUCCUGGCCGUCAACAAGAAGCUGGGGCUGACUGGGCGGCCGGACCGGCCGGUGGGCUGCAUCGGCACCUGCAAGAUUUAUCGUAUCCUGGGGAAGACGGUGGUCUGCUACCCGAUCGUCUUCGAUCUCAGUGAUUUCUACUUGUCUCAAGACGUCAUGCUGCUGAUCGACGACAUCAAGAACGCCCUGCAGUUCAUCAAGCAGUGCUGGAAGAUGCGGGGACGCCCCCUGUUUCUGGUCCUCAUCCGCGAGGACAACAUCAAGGGAAGCCGUUUCAACCCUGUCUUAGACAUGCUGGCCUCGUUCAAGAAGGGAAACAUCGGAGGGGUCAAAGUUCACGUCGACAGACUUCAGACCCUGAUUUCUGGAGCGUUUGUGGAGCACCUGGAUUUCCUGCGGGUCAACGAGGCCGAGAUCCCGGAGUUUAAGAGCUUCUCGGAGCUGGAGCUGCCCAAACACUCGAAGGUGAAGCGUCAGACCAGCACGCCCAACGCCUCCAACCUGGAGCAGCAGCCGGAGAUCAGCGUGGACGAGUGGAGGGACAAGCCCACCGACGAGAUCAUGCAGAAGUUCCACGACUGCGACUGCUUGGCCAGUCAGGCUCAGCUCGCCAGCAUCCUCCUCCGGAGAGAAGGACCGGACUUCUUCUACAAGGACGAGACCCUGAUGGAGGAGCUGGAGAGGAUCUACAGGAGAGCGGGAAGCAGAAAGCUUUGGUCUGUUGUCCGUCUUGCUGCCAGUCUCUUAACUAAGCUGGUGGACAGCCUUGCGCCCAGUAUUACUAGUAUAUUAGUGCAUGGCAAGCAGGUGACUCUGGGAAUCUUUGGGCACGACGAGGAGGUGAUCUCCAACCCGCUGUCCCCGGGCGUCAUCCAGGGCCUCAUCUACAGCCAUUUCUCCCCCGAGGGCGAGGAGCGGGAGGCCGUUCUGCAGCAGGAGCUGGUCAUCCACGUGGGCUGGAUCAUCUCCAACAACCCCGAGCUGUUCAGCGGGAUGCUGAAGAUCAGAGUCGGGUGGAUCGUUCAGGCCAUGAAGCACGAGCUGAAGAUCCGGGCCGGAGACCUGCCCGCCCAGGACAUCUACCAGCUCUCCCCCAGCGACAUCAAGCAGCUGCUGCUGGACGUCCUGCAGCCGCAGCACACCGCCAGGUCCUGGCUGAACCGGCGCCAGAUCGACGGAUCUCUGAACAGAACCCCGCUGGGUUUCUACGACCGCGUGUGGCAGAUCCUGGAGAGAACGCCCAACGGUAUCCUGGUGGGCGGGAUCCACCUCCCGCAGCAACCCACGCUGUCCGACAUGACUAUGUAUGAGAUGAACUUCUCCCUGCUGGUGGAGGACACGCUGAAGAACAUCGUCCUGCCGGAGUACCGGCAGAUCAUCGUGGAGCUGCUGAUGGUGGUUUCCAUCGUCCUGGAGAGAAACCCGGAGCUGGAGUUCAGUGACAAGGUGGACCUGGACCGUCUGGUGAAGGAAGCUUUCAACGACUUCCAGAGAGACCGCAGCCGCUUCGAGGGAGACGAGAAACAGGACGACAUGGCAGUUUUCUACAACACGUCGCCGCUGGGGAAGAGAGGAACGUCCAGCUACCUCACCAAGGCCGUGAUGAUCCAGCUGCUGCAGGGAGACAUGAAGCCCUGCAAGGACGACCCCUGCUCCGUCAGCUAGACGCUGGAGCACCUCCGGCCUGUAGGAGCAUCUCCUGCAACCCCAUAAACCUCGUCUGCAACGUCAAAAUACUGGAUUCUUUUUGUAGUUUUUUGGGGGAUUUUUUGUUAGAAACCGGUUCUCAAAGUUACUUUUUUUUGUGUGUUAUCAGAUAGUUCAGAUAUACUUUGAAAGGACUCUUAGAUGUAACAGUUCAAGUAAACAUAUCACUGACGGUAGUCGGCACUUGUUGCACAGCAUCAUGGGAAAAGCCUUGAACACGUGACUCCCCCCUCAAAGCACUUCAUUAUUAACUUAUUAAAUGUACGUUUCACAGGUAGUGAAUGCUGUUGUCCUGAACAGACUGUUGGAGACCGAGAGGCACUGAAACUAAAUAAGUGAAAGAAUUAGGCAGUUAUACAUUUUAGGAUGUGAUUCUACUUGAAGUGAAUACGUUGGAGGAGCGUCGUGUUCCCGUACGUCCUGCAUGCAGCGUGUUCUGGGUGGAACUAGGCUCCGUUUUAUUUAACCGUUGUCUGAAUGUAAAGGACGAUGACGUCACUUCUGAGCUGCAUGAUAAAGUCUGGAACCGUCAGACUGUUCUGUUCCGGCUCGCUUCACUUCCAGGCUCCUUGAGUAUCACUGUGAUUAAUCCAGAGCGUUUUUCAGCAUGUUUGUGUGACCCCCACCCCCUUCACCCUGGUUGUUCACAAGACGUAUUUUUAUCUGAGAGAAUAAAGUGCUGGUGAAAACUG